AGGAGAGAGAACAAAAAAAGAGAGCGAGGAGAGACAAAGGGAGAGAGAGGGUGGAGGAGGUGGGUCAGAAGGAGAGAUCGCGCGGUGAUAAAGAUUGCAAGAUAUAUAGACGAUUUCAGUGACGCGCUUUCGCGCAACAGGAGGAGGCCCGCUUCUCUCUCUCGGACGCGUCGGGAGAUCCGCGACCGAAAGCUCGCACGGCCGAGAACCGCAAGAAAGGGCCCGCCGCCGAAAGAAGGGACCACCGGCCAGCCGGCCCGCAUCCGCUCGGAUACUUUUCUAUCGGAAUUCGUCUCUUCUGGUAGUGGCAGUGUGUGAGUGCGUCUACGCGAAUUAUCAUACCGGUCGUCACGCGUGCACGCUCGUACGCACGUAUACGCACGUGCGAGUCGCCGGAGUUGUUCGAGACACCCGUUAAGUCCCUCCUCUCCUUGCGAGGAUCCUGGUGGGGAUACGAUUCACGGAUUCAGUGAGAAAAUCGAAUUUUCCAAAAGGAUUCGGCGUUGUCAGGGAGAUUGAUUUCUUCCGUAGAAAAAAGUUUCUUAUUCUCGAAAUCCUGAGAGAUAUCGAAAGACACGUUAAUCAUCGAUUGCCGAGCCGCGAAUUUCGAAUUCGGAUCGCGGGAAUAUAUGCCGGGACUUCGAUACGUGUGUAACGGGUGUACCGAGAGCUGACACGAACCAGAACGAGACCGCACCGGGACGACUCGCAUGCGCCGAGUCUCCGAUAAUCCGCAUCCGGUUGGCGUUGCGAAUCGCCGACGCGCCGCAAUUGCGCCGUCGCGCUUAUCCAAUUCUUCCAAGACGGGUAACGAUGCGCGAAUAAAGAAUCGACGAUCUCGCCCCGCGUCCGGAGCAAAAGCGGCGAAUGAUCUAAUUGGAUCUCUUUGUGGAUCGAUAGAGGGAGAAACGGUUCCGCGACGAAAGGACGGAUCCACACGGAGAGAUCAAUAGGCCCGGUGCGAGAGUGAAUAGCACGGAGAGACGGAAAAAGAUCGCUGGAGAGCCUCGGGAAACUCGCACGAUCGCUAUCACGCUCGUUACCACCGAUAGUCCUGAUCUUCGCCGGCACAAGCACACGGCAUUUGCAAAAAACCGAUUCGCGUCCACGGCGCGGAGAAGCUGGGAUUUCGCGCGCGAUCUCGCGGUAGUGUCGUCUUCGGCGCGGUGUCGUGCGGCAGGCCGCGACCGACAAAUCGGUGUUUUCGCGACGAUACGAUACAACAAAGGAAAACACACGAAAUCGAAUUUUGGAGGACCGAUCCGCGCCACGCGUCGAUCGCGAUUCACCCGCGAAUCCACCGGAGAGGAACACACGCGCGCGAGACGGGACUCGAUCGAUCGUGAGAGUGAUCGCGAUGCGCGAGAUCGGUGCACGGUGAGACGCGGAAAUCGAAGCCGAGGGGAAAAGUGGGUGACGCGCGAGAAGAGGAGGCGCGAGACACGGCGUCGGAUGAACUGGAAGAACAGGCUGCGCCGAGUGGAAGAGGAUGCCGAUGAGGACGACGAGGACGGCGAAGAGAACGACGACGACGACGACGACGACGACAACGAUGACGAUGACGAUUAUGACGAUUACGAGGGAGUGUUGAACGGUGGCCUUGCGGAAUUUCGACUACUGUUUCUGCGAAGAAGUUCUGCCGGGUACGCUUUAGACGCAAAAAAACUACUAACAAAACCGAAAGACGGUGGCAGAAGGGAGAAAAAAGUGACGUCGGGGAGAUUUUCGCACGUCGAAAAUCUCACGUCGCCCGCAACCCCCGUUUUUCAUUUCUCCCCGAAAAUUCGCUUUGAAUUCUACUGCUGUCGCUAUCGGGCUAUCGUUGCUGUUGCUGCCGCUGAUACUGCUGCUGUUCUGCCGCCCCGGCUUCCUCGACGAACAUGCCGAGAGUGUCGACGUAGCUACCUCGAAAACCGACGAGGUAUCGAGGAUCGACCGUAGACAAUCCGUGGCAGGGUCGUGCGGAACGAUCGAUCGAAUAGGUGCCAGAGGGUGAACGGGGACGGGGGACAAAGGUGGUGGUGUACGAGGAAAUAGCAGGAGGGUUGGUGUGAGGUUUUGGGAUGCGGAGGAGGAGGAGGAGGAGGAAGAGGGCCGGGUGGUGAUGGUGGUGGUGAUUAGUUGCAGUGUUUUGGAAAACAAUGCGCAGAAUUUCGACUGCGAUAAAUAAUAAAGGACAAAUAAAGUGUAUCGGGGAACGGUGAAGUGAACGUGUGUCAAUAAAUAAUCUGGCGGAAUAUGUAUUGUGCGUUGUGUGUCGGGAAUAAAAGCGAGAUGAGUUUGGAAAAAAAAAUAUUCCGCGUCCCGGAAAUAUCAUUUCGCGCGCGCACGCAAACGCUUCUUCUUUGUCAAUCGAGGCUUUUCACGGGGAAAAAUUGCGGCAUAGCGAGAAAAGUUCCAGUAUCAGUUUCAGCGAAUAACGAAUUAUUGGCUUGACUCAAUAAAUUGUUUCGUUCGUCAAUCCCGCACUUUCAGAAAUUAUAAUACAGAUAUUUCUUGUACGUAUGUAAUUAUAACUACUUCACAUUGUGUGUAUUAC